UCCGAGAAUGAUGACGAAUCCAACAAUGACGCCAGUGCGGAAUUGCUCCGGACCCCGCAUAAGCCCUCAGAUGAUGGCAUUGCCAACUGGCACUGCAGCAUUUUCCCCCUCCUUCCUUUUGAACAGUCUUCUCUCACUGAGUCCCUAACUACCAUCAAUACCCUCAACAUCACCAUCACCAUGUCCAUCCACCAAGCCGGCACCGCCGACGGCUGGCACGGCAUCGUCCCGAGUACCGCCUUCCCCGCCGAACCCGACCGCUACCACCUGUACAUCGGACACUUCUGCCCAUUCGCCCACCGCGUCAACAUCGUCCGGCACCUCAAGGGCCUCACCGACCUCAUCAAAAUCAGCGUUGUACGAGCGUACCCGAAGGGAGAUUUAAAGGGUUGGCCGGGAUGGAAGUUCCCUGCUUCGGACGACGAGUACCCCGGGGCAACGGUGGAUCAUCUUUACGGGGAGGAUUACCUGCACAAGGUAUAUUUCCGGGCGGAUCCAGAAUAUAAGGGCCGGUAUUCGGUACCCUUGUUGUGGGAUACGAAGACGGGGACGGCGGUUUGUAAUGAAAGUCUAGAAAUGCUCCGCUGGCUCCCCAAAGCAUUCAACUCCCAGAUCUCGCCGUCGCUGGCUGAGAUUGACCUCUACCCUAGCCAUCUCCAAGCAAAGAUUGACGCCAUCAGUCCGUGGAUGCAAUCGGAUGUGAACUCUGGGGUGUACAAGGCCGGAUUUACAGACUCGCAGGAGGAAUACAACGACAAGGUGGUUCGCGUAUUCGGGGCGCUGAACAAGCUUGAGCGCAUUAUCGCGCAGAAUGGAGGCCCGUUCGUGCUAGGGAAAGAGAUGACAGAGUUGGAUGUGAUGCUGUAUACAACAUUGAUUCGAUUCGACGUGGUGUAUGUGGAGCACUUCAAGUGUAACCUGGGGACCAUCCGUCAUGAUUAUCCGGUGCUGCAUAACUGGCUGAAGGGGAUGUAUUGGGAUGUGGAGGCUGCGAGAGAUACUACAGAUUUCAAGCAUAUCAAGGAGAAUUAUACGAAGAGCCACUGGCACAUCAACCCCAGGGCAAUCACACCUCUAGGCCCGUAUCCGGACAUCGAGGAGGGGGUGGAGAGGGAUUGGACCAAGUUGCGCGUCGGAGGGGUGAAGCAUCCAGCCGUGUUGGAACAUGAGGCCAGUAUUCCCGAUCUAAGCCAGUAGACUCAUUUCCAGGAUGAUGGGUUAUACCGUUAGCCAUAACUGCGUUGUCUUCAUGAACAUUAACGCCAGCCAAGCCGGUCGGACGUGUGCUUCGCAAGCUAGCGAGGAUAUGAUCAACAGAUCUGCAGACUGAGAACGUUAUUUGAGCGACAUGCCUUGAUUUUAGCGAGCUGAAUUAAAUUGUGAGAUAUUCGAUCGGUAA